UUUAUCUUUAAUUUCUUAUAUAAGAAAAUACAUUAAGAAUUCACGAAAAUACAAACCCAUUUGCAAAUAUGUUACUCAACUUGAUCAAAAUAUAUAUAAUAAUUUUCUUUAAUUACUACACCAUCCAUAAACUUAAAAAAAAAAAAAUUAAGCUUACAAAUAGUGUUUGAUAAACCGACCAAACUGGUUGACAUAAUACAUAAAUUAAGAUAAAUGCAAUUGAAACCAAGACUAAUUAGACCAAAUGGCCCAUGGGCUAACUUAUGAGGCUGAGAUUAUUGUCAUAUUCAAAUGGUUGUUUCGUCCCAUUCUCUCGACGCCGGAGCCAUUGACCGAAUUUUCAGCUAACUCCCAUGGCUGAAUCAAGUUUGAACUCCUCCGUCGAUCAAACUUACACUGAAAUUGUUGUUGUUCGUCAUGGAGAAACAUCUUGGAAUGCAGAGAGAAAAAUCCAGGGUCAUAUAGACGUUGAGCUAAACGAUGCAGGGAGACAACAAGCAGUGAGGGUUGCUGAGCGGUUAUCAAAGGAGCCUAGGAUAUCUUAUGUCUACUCUUCUGACUUGAAGAGAGCCUUUGAGACUGCUCAGAUCAUUGCUGCUAAAUGUGGCAAUCUUGAGGUGAUUACUGAUCCUGACUUGCGGGAAAGACAUUUAGGAGAUAUGCAAGGUCUUGUGUAUCAAGAAGCUUCCAAGGCCUUUUUAUCUAACCGUACAGACGUUGAUAUUCCAGGUGGAGGAGAAAGUCUUGACAAACUAUAUGAUAGAUGUACAUCUGCAUUGCAAAGAAUCGGCGACAAACAUAAAGGUGAGAGAGUGGUGGUAGUGACUCAUGGAGGUGCCGUGCGAAGCUACACGGCUCUGGGUGUGAUACGAUCUCUCUAUGAAAGAGCUCGUCCAAAAGCACGAAAAGUUGACAAGAUUCUCAAUACAUCAGUUAAUGUGUUCCGUUUAUUCGACGGAGACAAAUGGAGAAUCCAUGUUUGGGGAGAUGUGACUCAUUUGGACCAAACCGGUUUCUUAAAAUCCGGUUUUGGUGGUGACAGAACCUCUGGUUAA